GACAGGUUAAGUAGCUCGCCCAAGGUCACACAGAUGGAGAGAUGGAGGUGCAAGAAGAGCAUUUGGCGAAGGGAAAGGUCUGAGACUCACACCCAUCAGCUCGCUCACCACCACACCACUCUGUCCCCCAAGGCAAGUGCUUUGCUGUGCCGAUGCUUCAAAGCCCCAAAUUGCAGGGGUUCGGAAAGAUGCCUCCUUCUUGCCUUGUGUCAACCAAAAAUGACCCCACACGUGACUGAAUUGUCUGUCGGGGGGAGAGGCAAAAUCGCCCUGUUCGUGAGGUACGCUGGGCAGCGGGUAAUGGAAGCCAUGAGCACGGCAGCCUCCAAGUCCCCAAAUGACAGCCAUUUAUGGGGCAGCGGAGAUAGAUGGCUGGUGUUUUAUGAACAACGCUUUGCUCAGUCCCCAAGACCAUCCGUCGCAUCGUUGGAAUUCCUGACCCCACUUUUCGGGCAGGAAAGGCAAAAGGCAAAGCUUCUGAACACCAAAAAGUUCUCUCUGAGCCUCCUCGUCCUAUGCCUCUGGUGCCCCAAGACCUUAAGAUGCUGCAACCACCAGAGGGGCUCCCUAGGUCAUCAGCCUCCUCUCCAGCUCCGAGUGGCUGAGCCCGCGCUGAGGUCUCUGUGGUGUCCGGCAAAUAUCCAACUCACCCUUGGCCGGUCUGCAGAGCAGGGGAAUCCCAUCUGUUGAGGAAUCCCACAAUCCAUGACAACCUUCUGGCCUCAGUUUUCCCAGCUGUAAAAUGGCAAAAUUCUAUUCCAUCAACUCUGCAGGGUCAGAUGAAACAAGUAACCUCGUGAGAAGCACAAGCUGCCAGAUAUAUGCAUCAUGGUUUGUUUGAUUAAGGGCUCUUGUUACUCAGAAAGAGAUCUACAGGUAGGGAGAGCGGAGAUAAGCCAGGACUCCAAACCGUGAUUCCGGAACACUUUUCUCCAAGUCAUUAAUCCAUUUUAGAUACACUCCCUAAUCCAGAAGCCUCCUCGGGCCUUCAUGAGCCAGGAACCCCAUUUCCUGCCUGGAUACCUGUUUUCUGGAAAGUGUUCCAGACUCUUUCAUGAAUGAGUCCAUUUGGGGAAGGUGAAGAGUAUAUGUAAAUGUAUUUUCCCUUAAAGAAAAAAAAAACCAUAUAGAGAAUGAAUCAAUGCUACCAAAGUGGAUGGUUUGUUCCACAUGGUUGCCAUGGGAACCUGGAGCCGGUACCAGGGCGGCUGGAGCUCCGUGAUGAUUCUGCAGCCCUUGACUCCGAUUUGGGAGCUGGAUUCUUGUCUCCAUCCCAGCACCACUGAGCUGUAAGACCGUGGGCAA